AUGCGUCAUGGUAAUUCAUUUGCGCCAAACAAUAAGGUGCACGGUUAGAACCCAAUUCAAACCAAAACCAGUCAAGAACAGUACGGCAGGCUCAACGGUUGUUUGGUUGGUUGAUCGCGUCGAUCAAUCUUCUCAAGCCCCAGUUAGCGUGCGUGUGUGACCUAGUGAUCGGAAAUGGCCGCCAUCAGCAAGCACUGGAACGAAAUCGUCCACUCGGGCGUAACCUGCGCAACGUUGUCCCACCCGGGCAAGACAUGUCACGAUCACCUCCGGUAUCAGAUGCGAGCCACCAUCGGGGGCAACUUGAAGUUCUUCAUUCCGAUAUCGAUCGUCCGGUUGUUCAUGCUGUGCUACACCAAGAAAACGAUGUCGGUGGAAAUCGUUCUGCAAGCGCUGUUCGAGUUGGUUAGUGAAUCGUUCAAUGGGUGGGCCGUGUCCAAUUGUUGGAGUGCCGGGUUCUGUGGCAUGUACCAUUGGUUCGGAGGCUUUAUCAACAACUACUCGGUGUCGCUUCCGGGGCUGCCGGGGACACUGCUGAUGUUCUUCAUGCCUGCCUACGUCAAGAUGAGCCAUUCGAGAGCGAUGUUCAAUGUGUUUUUAGAGUGUUGGAUGAAGUCGAGAGAACAUCCACUGUUCGAGUACGCGCGGGAAUCGAAGGUCAUCGGAACGUUGGCGUUCAUGGCCAUGAGUGCCGCUAUCGGGUACUACGCACAAAGGACCAAGGCGGUGGAGUUUUGGUUCUUCUCCCCGCUGAAGAAAAACCUCAACCCAGAACAAGACCGACACCAAAAACUCUGCCUCCAUCGUAACACCUGCCAAAACUACAUCCUGGACGGGAUGAAAACCUGCUUCACCUUCGGCUUCCUGAUGGAACUGGUCCGGAAGCUGAUCAACGUUGCACCCCGGAUCCGGAAACAUCCUUCUGCCAUACUGGAAGCCUUCGCACGGAUACGCUUCAAGUUCGUUGCCUUCCUCACCAUGUACAAUGGGUUGUUCAGGUUGAUAACCUGCCUCCUGGCUCGGCAUCGAAAGCGGACGACCGAGAACGAUAGCACUCUGGCGGGUUUCCUCAGCGGUAUCACCUACGGACUGUCACCGAACUACAACGUCUUCAAUCUGGGCGUUGCCGCAGUGAUACAGAACGUUUGGAACUACAUCACCGAGAAAUACGCCAAAGUGGCCUGGAUCCAGUGGGUCAACAAACUGUCCUUCAGCUCGAUCGUGUGGAUGGUUCUGAUGAACUACAAUAUGUACGGUCGGGCGUACUAUCCGUACGCCAUGUCCAAGUUUGCGAUGAAGUUCACCGAUUUGUGCUCCGGGCAACAAGCUCAAGUAGCGGCCGAAUGCCUGGGAAAGGCUGCCAUGGGAUUUAGCUGAGCUAAGCUCGCUUUGGGGAGGAGAAAAAAACGUGAUUGUGGUUUGUUUUUGUUUUCAUACAAGCGUUAUCAAUUGUUGGUUGUGAUAGUUUGUAAGUGGGUUGAAAUAAAGAGC